CCGGCUGUAUAUUUCUCCUCCAUCGACGGCCGACGCCGAUCCCCGCCCUAUCUGCAAUCUUCCCACGCUGCUUCUUCGAAGAACUCUGAUUAUCCGCCCGAUAUCUUGCUUGAGUUAGGGUUUCGGAACUCUAUCUGUACCUCUCCCAACUGUCCUCCAGAAGGUUUCAGCCCGAGCUCAUCUGAUAGGCAUGGCGGCUCUCGCUGAUUCUUUCCUCGCGGACCUCGAUGAGUUGUCUGACAACGAAGCUGAUAUUAUUGAAGAAGAGGGUGGCGAUGAUGCGCGGAUGGAAGAAGAUAUUGAUGGGGACCUUGCGGACAUAGAGGCCCUUAAUUAUGAUGACCUGGACAGUGUUUCUAAAUUGCAGAAGUCGCAGAGGUAUAACGACAUAAUGCAGAAAGUGGAAGAUGCACUCCAGAAAGGAUCUGAUAUAUCAAUGCAAGGGAUAGUUCUGGAAGAUGAUCCAGAAUACCAGCUUAUUGUGGAAUGCAAUGCCCUUUCAGUUGAUAUCGAGAAUGAGAUUAUUAUAAUUCACAACUUUAUCCGUGAUAAGUACAGAUUGAAGUUCCCAGAGCUUGAGUCACUCGUUCUCCAUCCGAUAGACUAUGCUCGAGUUGUUAAGAGGAUAGGAAAUGAGAUGGACUUGACGCUUGUUGAUUUGGAAGGGCUUUUACCCGCAGCUACGAUCAUGGUUGUCUCUGUCACAGCAUCCACCACGAGUGGGAAGCCCCUCCCUGAAGAGGUCCUUAACAAGACAAUUGAAGCGUGUGAUCGUGCCCUCGUCCUGGACUCAGCAAAAAAGAAAGUCCUGGAUUUUGUAGAGAGUAGAAUGGGUUAUAUCGCUCCAAAUCUUUCUGCCAUUGUUGGGAGUGCUGUUGCUGCAAAACUCAUGGGCACAGCUGGUGGCCUCUCUGCCUUGGCUAAGAUGCCUGCUUGUAACGUCCAGCUUCUCGGUGCAAAGAAGAAAACUCUAGCAGGUUUUUCUACAGCAACCUCUCAGCUCCGCGUGGGUUAUAUUGAGCAAACGGAGGUGUUCCAAUCCACCCCUCCUCUUUUGAGGAUGCGAGCCUGCAGACUCUUGGCCGCAAAAUCGACGCUUGCAGCACGUGUAGAUUCUACAAGAGGAGAUCCAUCAGGAAAUACUGGAAGAGCAUUCAGAGAAGAGAUUAGGAAAAAAAUUGAGAAGUGGCAGGAACCUCCUCCAGCAAAGCAACCUAAGCCACUUCCAGUUCCCGAUUCUGAGCCUAAGAAAAAGAGAGGUGGCCGUCGGCUUAGGAAGAUGAAGGAGAGGUACGCUGUGACAGAUGCGAGGAAGCUGGCCAAUAGGAUGCAAUUUGGCAUACCCGAAGAGAGUUCUUUAGGGGAUGGUCUUGGGGAAGGGUAUGGGAUGCUUGGUCAGGCUGGAAGUGGGAAGCUGCGGGUAUCAAUGGCUCAGAGCAAACUCGCCGCAAAAGUUGCUAAGAAGUUUAAGGAAAGAAACUAUGGAAGCAGCGGUGCUACCUCUGGGCUGACAUCAAGCUUGGCAUUUACACCUGUGCAGGGGAUUGAGCUUACAAAUCCACAGGCACAUGCUAACCAGCUAGGGAGUGGAACCCAAAGCACGUACUUUUCGGAAACAGGAACGUUCUCAAAAAUCAAGCGCAUCUGAGGAGUCUACGCGGACUCUUUACUGUUCACUACAACAUUGACUUAAAGAGCCAUUAGGGGACUCCUUUGUAUAUUAGUUGGUAUGGUGUUACUGUGCUGAUGGAAGUUUUGGCUCAGCCCAGCUUCUUGUCGGAGGGCUGAAAUCUCAAUAUAUUUGGUUCAACUGCCAAGUACCCAGCUCAUUGUGUUCUCGUGA